UUUCCCAUAGAAGCAACAAAUCAAUGAAGUUACCAAGUCCUGCCCUUUUCUUUCUCCUCCAAAUUCUUCUUCUCUCUCUACUCCACAGACCUAGCUUUGCAGUGAAAAAGUCAUAUGUUGUGUACUUAGGAGCACAUUCACAUGACCCAGAAUUGUCUUCAAUUGAUUUCAAUCUCGUGACACAGUCACAUUAUGAGUUUCUAGGAUCUUUCUUGGGAAGUUCUAAUACAGCCAAAGAUUCCAUCUUUUACUCCUACACAAGGCAUAUCAAUGGUUUUGCUGCAACUUUAGAGGAAGAAGUUGCAGCUGAGAUAGCAAAGCAUCCCAAAGUGUUGUCAGUGUUCGUGAACAGUGGGAGAAAACUACACACAACUCGGUCAUGGGAAUUCAUGGGGCUAGACAAUAAUGGGGUGAUCCCAUCUAGCUCAAUCUGGAGAAAAGCUAGAUUUGGUGAAGGUGUGAUUAUAGGAAACCUCGAUACAGGAGUUUGGCCUGAAUCCAAGAGCUUUAGUGAUGAAGGGUUGGGACCAAUUCCAUCAAAGUGGAGAGGAAUCUGUGAUAACGGAACUGAUCCUGGUUUUCACUGCAACAGGAAGCUAAUUGGGGCAAGGUAUUUCAACAAGGGCUAUGCUUCUAUUGCUGGCCCACUCAACUCUUCAUUUGACUCACCGCGUGACAACGAUGGGCAUGGAUCCCACACUCUAUCAACUGCUGGUGGUAACAUGGUAAGUGGGGUCAGUGUCUUUGGUCAAGGAAAUGGAACAGCAAAGGGUGGGUCCCCUAAAGCCAGGGUGGCAUCUUAUAAGGUUUGCUGGCCCCCUAUUGGUGUUGAUGAAUGCUUUGAAGCUGAUAUACUAGCAGGUUUUGAUAUGGCCAUCCAUGAUGGUGUUGAUGUUUUGUCUGUGUCAUUGGGUGGCUCUUCCUCUACCCUUUUUAAAGAUAGUAUUGCCAUUGGAUCCUUCCAUGCUGCUAAGCAUGGCAUUGUUGUGGUUUGUUCUGUUGGCAAUAGUGGACCUGCUGAUGCUUCUGCAGCGAAUCUUGCUCCAUGGUAUAUCACAGUUGGUGCCAGCACAAUGGAUAGAGAGUUCCCUAGUUAUGUUGUCCUUGGUAACAAGAUAAGCUUGAAGGGAGAAAGCUUGUCAGCUGCAAGAUUGGCACACAAGUCCUACCCAAUUAUUAAAGCUACAGAUGCUAAAUUGGCCAGUGCAACAGCUCAAGAUGCUGUGCUGUGCCAGAAUGGAACUCUGGAUCCCAAAAAGGUGAAGGGAAAGAUUGUAGUAUGCCUCAGAGGGAUAAAUGCAAGAGUGGACAAAGGAGAGCAAGCUUUGCUAGCUGGUGCUGCAGGAAUGGUUCUUGCCAAUGAUGUGACCAAUGGGAAUGAAAUUUUAGCUGAUCCUCAUGUCCUUCCAGCUUCUCAGAUCAAUUUCACUGAUGGUGUUGCUCUCUAUAAGUACAUCAACUCAACUAAGUACCCUAUGGCUUAUAUUACACAUCCAAAGACACUAUUGCAUACUAAGCCAGCCCCCUUCAUGGCAGCGUUUUCAUCAAAAGGACCAAAUACUAUUGUACCAGAGAUCCUAAAGCCUGAUAUCACUGCCCCAGGAGUGUCAGUUAUAGCGGCCUACACAGAAGCUGAAGGGCCAACUAAUCAAUAUUUCGACAAGCGUAGGAUUCCAUUUAACUCAAUCUCAGGCACAUCAAUGUCAUGCCCUCAUAUUUCAGGAAUUGUGGGCCUUUUGAAAACUCUAUAUCCUUCGUGGAGUCCUGCUGCUAUUAAAUCAGCAAUCAUGACCACAGCUACAACACUAGAUAAUGAGUCAGAGACCCUGCUGAAUGCUACUAAUGGCCAAGCAACACCAUUUAGUUAUGGGGCAGGACAUGUUCAACCAAAUAGAGCAAUGGAUCCUGGCCUAGUUUAUGACACAACAAUUGAUGAUUACCUAAACUUCUUAUGUGCUUUAGGUUACAAUGCAACACUAAUAUCAGUGUUUUCAGAUAGUCCUUAUCCAUGCCACAAGAACUUUAGUCUCCUCAACCUAAACUAUCCUUCAAUCACAGUCCCAAAUCUAUCUGGGUCAGUCAAAGUAAAAAGGACAUUAAAAAAUGUUGGUUCUCCUGCAACAUACAUUGCUCAUGUUCAAAACCCAAGUGGAAUCACCAUUUCUGUGGAGCCAAACAUCUUGAAGUUCAAAAAAGUUGGUGAAGAAAAGAGAUUUGAAGUAACCUUGAAGGUUAAUAAAGGAAAAGCAUCAAAUAACUAUGUGUUUGGAAAGCUGAUAUGGUCAGAUGGCAAGCAUUAUGUUAGGAGUCCAAUUGUGGUGAAGACCCUCUAGCUAGAAAUUGAACAUGAUUCAGCUAAUUUACUUUUCUAAUCAUUAGAAGCUGAUUCAAAAUAGUAUCGGAUAGCUUCUUGGAGUUUUAUGUUACACCGAUUGAUAAUAAUGAUUGCAUGAGAUAAAAAGAAUACCAAAAAAAACUUAGAUGCCUUUCUUUCGGCAUAUAUUUUACUCAGUAUACUUCUAAUUUGAUUCCAAGGAGAAAUAAAACCUAACAUGUUCUUCCUCUUAGUGACAAAAUGUCACAAGUUUCUUUAUUUGUAAUUUUGUCUCUGUGAAUCUUGA